AUGGAACUCUUCAAAAUUUUGGAAGAACUUGAGCAACAAAUUCUGAAGAUAGGUAGGGUUCUUGGACCAAGAUGGGCUGCUUGCAUUUUAAGAUCUGCACUUGCUGUGUGGCGUGCUUAUCCAGCAUUAUACAAUUUUUUCACUACUAGGACAAACCAUUCAGGAAUUGCUGCCCAUCUUUGCAACAAAUAUUUCUUGGCAGAUUUAGCACUGAUGAUAGACAUACUUCAAGAAAUGUCCUUACUUUCUAAUGCUCUCCAAGCCAGAAGUGUAACUUUGCCAAGAGCUGAAAAACCAAUAAAAAGGUCCAUAAAAGCAUUUGAAAUGCUUAAAGAAAAUAAGGGGACUUUUGAAAAGGAAAUAAAUGAUAGAGUUGCAUCUGAUGCCUUUAAGGAUAUUCAGAUCACUGAAAACCACAGAGUUGUUAGCCUUCCUCGUCAAAGGUUCCUUGAGGUAAUAAUAGAAAAUAUGAAAAAAAGGUUGAUGGACUUUGAUCAUUUAACAUCAAAGAACAAUAAUAAACAAAAUGACAAUAAGUUACAUGAACUGCUGAACUUGCUUGAGCCAGUUACUUGGAAUAUUCAGGAAGUUGUUGUACCCUGGAAAGCUGCAGAAGACAAGCUGAAUCAAUUUAUUAAAAUUGUUCACCACGACAUCCCUAUUAACGAUUUUCGUGACUAUGUGGAAAGUGUCCUACAAAAUUUCAACAAUCCUGUGAUUUCACAAAGUGUACAAAAGGCCAGACAUAUUGUUAGUACUAUUGCUGUCAGUUCUGCAGAUGCAGAAAGAGGCUUUUCAAGAAUGAAUAUAAUAUAUUCAGAUAAAAGAAACCUUCUGACAGUUGGGAAUGUAUCAAACUUGAUGACAAUUAAUCUCAUUGGUCUCUCAUUAGAUUAA